GCUCGCCCCGUCCCCGGACGGCAGGAGAAUCGCUGCCUGCCCUAAGGGCCGGGAUCUUUCGGGUCUGGAGUCGUGGGGAAAAGCUGGAAGCGGUUGUGUUCCUUGGGGACCGCCAGGUUGGCGAUAAGGUAAUGGUCCUGGCUAGGUCAGGGCUCUGGCAAGAAGUGGUGAAUGUGCCAGUCAGUCAGACUUUCCCUGUGCCUGAAGGGAUGAGCUUCGAGGAAGCAGCUGCUCUUCUUGUCAACUACAUCACUGCCUACAUGAUCCUGUUUGACUUUGGAAACCUGAGACCCAACCAGAGUGUCCUCAUCCACAUGGCUGCAGGUGGUGUGGGUACUGCUGCCAUCCAGCUGUGCAAGACUGUAGAAAAUGUCACCAUUUUUGGCACAGCAUCUGCCUCCAAGCAUGAUUCACUCAAGGAGAGCGGUGUCACUCACCCCAUUGACUAUAGAACAAUGGAUUAUGCAGAGGAGGUCCGGAAAAUCUCUCCCAAAGGUGUUGACAUCGUCCUGGACCCCCUUGGAGGAUCUGAUACGUCCAAAGCAUUUAACCUGUUGAAGCCAAUGGGAAAACUCAUCACUUACGGGGCAGCAAACCUGCUCACUGGGCAGAAGAAGAACCUCGUGGCUAUGGCUAAAACCUGGUGGAACCAGUUCAGCAUCAAUGCCUUGCAGCUCCUACACCAUAACAAGGCUGUGUGUGGCUACCACCUUGGAUAUAUGGAUGAAGAAUUUGAGCUUAUUGGAGGUGUAGUAGCCAAGCUAGUUAACCUGUACAAUCAAGGCAAAAUCAAGCCCAAAAUAGACUCUGUAUGGCCGUUUGAUCAGGUGGCAGAUGCUAUGAGGCAGAUGCAAGAGAAGAAGAAUGUUGGAAAGGUUAUCCUGGUUCCUGAAGCACCCAAGGAAGAAUCCAAAAAAGAAGAGAACUAAGGAGAAGCAAUGUGUGCAGAUUGUGAAUUCAUGGUUUAACUCCCUGAUCUCUUUGGGACCUGGAAAUGGACAGAUCAGUAGCUUCCAUCUUCACCAGUACAAGAAGAUCGUGGUUAAAGUUCAGAUGAGGUUUGCAUGCUCUCCUUGUGACUGACCCUUUGCC